AUGGCGACGUCGCCUAUCUCCGCUCCCAGCACUCGCGCAGCGACGCCUAGCACUGCUCCGGCAACCCGCCCUACUACACCGCACGCGGGUCUUACUCGACCGACGACGCCCCAUAAUGCUCCUACGCGGCGAUUCGUAGUCGUACCGUGGAAGGAGGCUGCCGCCGACCUUAUCGUAUCUUCGACCCGCGAUAGCUUCUGCUUCAAAGUGCACAAGGUCGUCUUAGCGCAGGCCCUUCAAGGCUUCGAUGACAUGUUCUCCGGCAAAGCCCGGCUGGGCGUUGGCGACCCGCAGGAUACGCACAAAGGCCUCCCGGUCUUGGCUCUUCCCGAAAACAGCGAGGUGCUCUCAUGUCUACUGGAACUUAUCUACCCCGUCGCCCCACCCACCAGCAAGCUCUCCGAUGAAGAUACAAUACGAGAUCUCUGCGUCGCACUCGACAAGUACGGCAUCAAAUCGUACCCACGGCCCGUGCUGGACAGACUGAUCGCGCUCGCGGAAGACGAACCCGAAGUUGUCUACAUGUUCGCAUGUCGCUUUCGACUACGCGAAGUGGCCAAUGCUGCUGCGAAAGCGUCGUUGCGCUCACCGAGAGGGUUCUCGGAUAUGGACGUGUCGGACUUGAGGAUCAGCAUGCAGCAGUAUCACGCGUUCGCGACAUACCAGCGCAACUGCCGGGAACGGGCUGUCAGCGCUAUUCGCGACCUCGCGUGGAUGAUCGAGCUUAUCCCGGAUGAUAUCCCGGGGCUCAUCGAGGCUCGUAACAAGGCCGACAGUUGCCUGGUGUGCUACAAGUCGUCCGACUUGCGUUUAUAUCAGAGCAAGGCGCGCGGAACCAUCAAGAUCUGCUUGAGUUCGUAUCUUAAUCGUUACUUCGAACUCGUCGAAGCUGCGUUGGUCAAGGACACAAGAGGGACGGUCGCUACCGACCAGCGGCAUUUUAGCUCCGUAUUUGCUCCGCAUGGACUAUACGCUUGCGAUCACUGCAGAACUGCCGAGACUGCGUUCGCCAUGAUUGCACUCGGCAAAACGCUAGAACAAGAGAUAGACCGGAGGAUAUCGCAGGUCGAAUUAUCUAUCUCAGACAUCGUUUGGUCCGACGCUGUUUAUUGA